GCCACGUCUCCAAAUUGGCGGAUAAACACUCCCUCCCUUCUCUAGCCGUUCCUUUUCUUCCCCUUCAACUUUCUGGGCUAACAAUUUUCAAAUGUUCUGCUUCUGCAACAUCAUCAUCAUCAACCUCUAAUUUCCUUCAUUCAUGGCGAAACUUUCUCUAUCCUCUGCGCCAUCGCCAGCGCUAUCUCGCCCUUUUCUUCCUCCUCUUCUACCCUUUACUAGAGCUACUAGAAGGGUUUCCUUCACUCUCACUAACCCUAAGAAAUUCUCAGUUUUUGCCUCUGAAAAUGACCCUACUGAUGAUAAUAAGCUCACUCAAUGGGACCUUAUGGAGCUCAAAUUUGGGCAAAUGUUAGGAGAAGACCCUAAACUUACCGUAGCUAAGAUAAUGGGGAGGAAGGUGAACCCGGAUGCAUCUUAUAUUGAAAUUGAGAAGAACUUUCAUAAAAACAAGGGGAAAAUAGUGGAAGUAAAGGAGGUUCCAUUUGAUGUACCUGAGAAGCUGGGGUCGAAAAAAGUGGCAAACGGGUUGAAUUUGGUGAAACCGGUACCUAAGAAAGGGAUUAUUGUAGGGGGGGGUGAGGAUAAAUCAAAAUUGCCUGAGAUUAAGAGGCCGACUAAGUCAAUUAGAAAUGAGACGAGUAGUGCUAGUAAGUCUAAUGUACCAAAUGUUAUAUUACGAAAACCGAGUGUAUAUAAUGAGAAAGAUGAUGAAAUGUAUAAUUCUUUGAGGUUGAAGAUUAAGCCUAAUUUGACAUUAUCGAUGAGGACGGAACCAGUGAAGGAGAAGUUUAGUGGGAUGACGUUGUUAAAGAAGCCUAACUUGAGUGAGGCAAAUGAGGAAGGUGAUAUAAAUGAAAAUAGUUCUACGGAUGGAUCAAUAUAUGGUGGCAUGACGAACAAACCAGGAAACAGCUUUGAGUCUAACAUGGAUAAUGAAGGACAAAGCUUUCCAAACUUUGGCGAAGUUACGUUGUUGGAGAAACCCCAUUCCAUGGAGCCCCAGAGUAUUGAAGGGAUUUGGAUCAAUUCUAUGUCUAAUGAAAUGGGGGAUUAUACAGUAGGAUUUUCAGAUUCUGAAGGUGAAUUGGUUUCAAAGCAAGAUGGACUAGGAGAGAUCCCCCCAACAGGAAGGGAGCACCUUGAGCAGACAGAUGCCGGGUUUUCAGGGAAUCAAAAUGAGACGAGUGAAUCCUCAAGUGUAAGAGAAACUGCUUCUGAGUUCUCUGUUAAGUCUUCUCUCCUUGGUAAACCCAAAAGAUUAGACCAAUCUGUAAAAGAAAUGUCAUCGUACCCAGUUCGAGAGCGAACGGUUUAUGUACAUCCUGAAAGUUUUGGUGGCGAAGGCAUCCAAGAGGAACUGGCUCAGUCACAGCCUCUGGAGGCAACUGAAGAGACUGCAUGGACACAAGUGGAACAACUUUUUGAUCUUGGAGAUAGGGUGGAAGUGGAAUUGAUUAGCUGUAGCAUAAGAGGAUUUGUGGUAUCUUUUGGGUCGUUGAUAGGAUUUUUGCCAUACCGUAAUCUGGCAGCAAAGUGGAAGUUCUUAGCUUUUGAGUCAUGGUUGAGAAGAAAUGGUUUAGAUCCAUCCAAGUACAGGCAACAUUUAGGCAUUAUAGGAAAUGAUGAGGUUCCUAACAAGAGCAGUUCUUUUGAGCCAUCACCAGUUCCAGAUGAUAGUCAAAAAGAAAAACUUGAACUUUCAGCUGAUAUGGAACUGGAAGAUCUUUUGAAAAUAUACGACGAAGAGAAGAUUCGGUAUCUAUCGUCAUAUAUUGGUCAGCAUAUCAGAGUGAACAUCUUGUUGGCUGAUAGGAAGUCCAGGAAGCUUAUAUUUUCUAUGAGGCCAAAAGAAAAGGAAGAAACUGUUGAGAAAAAAAGAAGCCUCAUGGCAAAACUUAGCCUUGGAGAUGUUGUGAAAUGCUGCAUAAAGAAGAUAACUUAUUUUGGUAUCUUUGUUGAGGUUGAAGGAGUACCAGCUUUAAUACACCAGACAGAAGUAACAUGGGAUGGCACACUAGACCCUGCAUCAUACCUUAAAAUUGGUCAGAUUGUGGAGGCUAAAGUUCAUCAGCUGGAUUUUCAACUCGAGCGCAUUUUCUUGUCCCUAAAGGAGAUAACUCCGGAUCCACUGAAUGAGGCAUUAGAAUGCAUUGUUGGGGGCAACGGCUGCAUUGGGGGAGAAAAUGAUUUACAAACAGACUCAGAGUGGCCUGAGGUUGAAUCACUUGUAAAAGAACUUCAAGUAAUUGAUGGAGUUCAGGCUGUUACCAAGGGCCGUUUUUUCUUGAGCCCUGGUUUGGCGCCAACAUUUCAGGUUUAUAUGGCGUCUAUGUUUGAGAAUGAGUACAAACUACUUGCUCGAUCUGGAAAUAAAGUACAAGAGGAUGGAGAUUCAUCUACCGGACUUCCUUUGUCCCAAAUCUCAAUGUGCAUGUUUGAUGGUUCAAGCGUCGCUGGAUAAGGAAGAGAUGAAAUCAACAAUUCUCAAUUGUACAAACAAAGUUGAGCUAUAGUUUUCCUUUUUAACUCCCAAUUUGUACAUUCUCUCUUUCCACAAAUAGCCAAAUAGUCCAUGAUUUCAUCUUUCCCCUUCUAUAGUUUGGGGUUAACUUUUCUUUUUCUUUUUUUGUUUAUUAUUUGUAAUAUUUAACUAGCUCUUAUCAGGUUGUACAAUUUUGUAUGUAUAAUUAGCAGUUCCGUUACAGAUUACAUAUAGUUGCAAUUAACAAAGAACACAAAUGAUCAUAUGAUAGAGAACCAAGUGGUUAUGAUAAUGCUUUGCUUGUAUUA